AUGUCCAAGAUCAUAAGAAGAUUCAUUUCUUAUAUUGGUAAAACUAAGUUGGAAGACUUUGUUGAUCCAAAAGUGCAAAGUCAAGUUCAGAAUUUUUGUGAAGAUCGUGAAAAAAAGGAUUCUCGUUGCAUUAAAGCGGAAAUCAAAGGAACUCGUUUCCAUAGAUCACACGACGACCCAACCGAUGAAAAAGAGGUUCUUACUAUAAAAUUUUUCAACGAGGACGACAAACGUGUUGGAACUGGACACCUGCACGAAGAUGGAACGUACAAGUUUCGAUACAAGCGCCCACCACCAGAAGAUGCGGCCAACGGAUAUGAAAACCAGUGA